AUGAGUGAUGCUCUGUGUGGUCCCUCGAAUGCGCUGCAGAACUUCCAAAAGCAUGCGUCUGUUGAUCGUACCCUCCAGCAAGAUAGAAUUAUUUCUCGACAAUCGCCUUCUCAAGGGUUUCGAUCUCAAAAUUCAAGCCAUGGGGUUCUCGAUCCCGAAUUUGCUGCAUUCGAGUCCGGUCUAGCAGGAGCGCCCCUUCCCGAUGUACAGCAUGCCGGCCCUUUCGUUCCUCCCUCUCAUCAGUUUCCCGCAUCAGGCCCGGCCGAAUCGUCAAACUGGGCGGCAGACUUCCAGAAUAUGCAUAUAUCGGGACCUUCGCAUUCUCUCCAUCAAACAUCAGGACCAUCUGUAGCGCCGAUGGCAGCCAUGUCACAACAGGGUUGGCAGAAUGAGUUCGCUCAGCAGCAACGACCCUCUUUCCAGCAGCAUCAGCCACAUGUCCAAGGGCUUCAGCCAACCUUUGCACCUCGCUUCCCUAUGACUGGUACUGCUUUCCCCCCUGCGCAAGCCACCGCAGCAAACCAGCAACCGAUGGCCGACACAUUUGAUGAAUCGGCGUUUGAAGCUGCAUUUGAGCAGGCGCGGGCAGACAUGAUGUCGCAGGAAACCGAAACUACACCUGUACACGCCGAAGAGGUCGUGGAAGAGACGAAUCAUGUUACGGCUGAAAGCACGGAAGAGAAGAUCAAGAUUGGAUCGGAUACCAUUCCCCAGACAGAGAAGAAUGAUCAACAGGCACGGGUGAAUGAUGCGGACGAGCUCGCCCGAACUGCGGGGCAGCUUUUAGACAGUGUCAAACAUGAUCAAAGCCAGAAGUUCAGAGAAAGCAACUUCCUUGCCUUGAUGCGCCGCAUUCGCGACCGUGAGGUUCAGAUCGAGGGGGAUGAAUUUCGCGAAGUCAGUACCAGCAGUCCGUGA